AUGGCUGAGGCACCUCAGCAGCAGCAGCAGCAGCAGGAGGAGGUGGAGGACGAGGAGCAGCCGAGCUCUGUGGACGUGACUGAGAACGAUGAUGGGCCAGAGGAACCGAAGGAGAACGCUCAGACCACUCCGACCAGACGUCUGCUGUCCAUGAGGUCCAUGGCGUCCAUGAACAGCGUGGACCCGGACGACGACUCGCCCAACAUGAUUGUCUACAGAAAGAUUGAAGACAUUGUCACUCUAAUCCAGGAUGAGGCGGAGGGUGUGCCCAUCAGAACUGUCAAAAGUUUUAUGACCAAAAUCCCCAGUGUUGUGACGGGUUCAGAUAUCGUACAGUGGCUGAUGAAGAACCUUGCCAUCGAGGAUCCAGCUGAGGCCAUGCACAUCGGGAGUCUCAUCGCAGCUCAAGGGUACUUCUUCCCCAUCUCCGAUCACGUCCUCUCCCUCAAAGAUGACGGCACUUUCUACCGCUUUCAGGCACCGUACUUUUGGCCGUCCAACUGUUGGGAGCCGGAGAACACAGACUACGCUAUCUACCUGUGCAAGCGGACCAUGCAGAAUAAGACCAGACUGGAGCUGGCAGAUUAUGAGGCGGAGAACCUCGCCAGGCUGCAGAGAGCCUUUGCUAGGAAGUGGGAGUUUAUCUACAUGCAGGCUGAGGCCCAGGUCAAAAUUGACAGGAAAAAGGAUAAAACUGAGAGGAAGAUCCUCGACAGUCAGGAGAGAGCCUUCUGGGACGUCCACAGACCCGUGCCUGGAUGUGUUAACACGACAGAGAUGGACAUCAGGAAAUGUAGACGCAUGAAGAACCCUCAUAGAGUUAAAAAGUCAGUGUACGGUGUGACGGAGGAGGGAACACAGUCUCAGAGUCCCAUACACACUCCCUCGCACCACUGCAGGAAAGGGACCAAGGAGGACGUGGAAAAAGAGAUCGUAUUCCUGAACACACAGCUAGAUCGUCACUGUAUGAAGAUGUCCAAAGUUGCUGAUAGUCUGAUAAGCUACACAGAGCAGUUCAUGGAGUACGACCCAUUUGUGACAGCAAUGGAACCUUCCAACCCAUGGACCAGUGAUGAUCCAUCCCUCUGGGAUCUGGAGACCAGUAAGGAGCCCAGUCAGCAGCGGGUGAAGAAGUGGGGUUUCUCUCUGGACGAGGCUUUGAAGGACCCGGCAGGACAGGAUCUCUUCCUCAAGUUCCUCGAGUCAGAGUUCAGCUCAGAAAACUUGCGGUUCUGGUUGGCGGUGCAGGACCUGAAGAGGAUGCCUCAGCAGGACGUGGCUCAGAGGGCGCAGGACAUUUGGACGGAGUUCCUGGCAGAGGGAGCACCCAGCUCCAUCAACCUGGACUCCCAUAGCUACGAACGCACGAGCCAGAACCUGAAAGACCCCGGACGAUACAGUUAUGAGGACGCACAGGACCACAUCUACAAGCUGAUGAAAAGUGACAGCUACGCUCGCUUCCUGCGCUCCAACAUCUACCAAGACCUGCUGAUGGCCAGGAAGAAACCUGAAACGGAGCAGGGCAGACGCACCUCCCUGGAGAAGUUCACUCGCAGUGUGGGAAAGUCACUGACGGGCAAAAGGCUGACGGGGCUCAUGCAGUCGUCCUGACAAGGCCUGGAUCCAGAGUAGGAGGAACCAUACCCCCGCCCCCCCCGGCCCCCCCUCCCCAGGAGCAGAAGACAAGUGACCCUGGGGUGUUUUGGGAGUGGCUGUGGGAGGCGGGUGAUAGGACUGUUGGGAUUGGGCCGCCACCACGUUUGAAAAUCAACCUCAGAUCAGUUUGAGAGGUCGGACAUCAUGCAAUAAGUCACCACAUCUGACACCAGGACAAAGCUGUCACCGUGUAGAGGACAACCUAUGUAAACGCCUGUAACAUGCCGGCCUUUGUUUUUCUCUGUUUUUCUCUACUAUCUCCACUCACGUUAUUCUGGUAGCUGAAGAGGCUACCGCUUUACCUUCUGUGAUAUAAACAUGGAAUGCUUGAAUGCUGUCAAAAUGAGACUUAGAUUAUCGCUGUAGCUAUAGCCGUUUUAUCUCACCGCACUCACCUGGACGAGGAGGGUUCACGGUAAACAUCUGCACUUUUCAUUUUUCCGAACUUGAAUCUUCACACUGAUGGCGGUCAGACUUCCUGCUUUAACGGUGGAACAGGUGGACGAGUACAACAACUUUUUAGGAAAAGAGCUUUUUUUUUUUUUUCUUUUUCGAUCAAUCUGUUUAUGUUGGAAGACACAAGAUGAACAACCUCUGUGUGUCCUGAAGUGGUUUGAGUAGUUACAAUGUGUGUUUACAUUUCAUGCAACUAUUCCAGUGUUUAGCUGGUUGAAAACAAAACUAAAAGAAUACUGAUGCCUCCAUAUAAACUACAAAAGCAAAAGAGACCAUGAGAAUCAAGAUUAUUUCUACAUCGUUAUUCUUCAUGCCUCUAGCUGCUGCAACCAGGUACAGUAGGUGUCCUAUAAGGCGAUAAAACAGCAACCCUCGACCCUCCCCCCCAAAAAACAAAACAAAAACGCUGUUACAUUUUCCAUGACAAAGACUCAUGGGGAAUUGUUUGUUUUUAUAUUCAUCACAGGCUCAUUAAAGCUGCAGAUGACAACUUUAACAUGUCCUGAUACAGGGGGGCUGUUCUUUAAAUAUGCAGAACAGGAACAGAUCCAUUUUUUAAACUUCUUGUAGCAACAUCUGUUUGUAGAGUGGUUUUUCUUUUUCCCCCCUAAAGCACCGUCAGCAAAAUCAUCGUCAGAAAUACUGAAGAAUAAGAAUAACUGGUUGCAGCACGGACCAAAUCUGUACUUUGCUUUCCAUUAUCUAAUAUCCUCGAUUAACACUGCCAAUGUAAUGAUUUGUAUCUACUGCAUGGACAGACAGAGGUGUGGUCUUGUCGUCGUACACAAGGUAAGGACAGGUUGAUCAUUUUACAAGGUGUAUGACUUUAAAUGAGAGUCGGUCUGUUGUUAGGCUUUAUUCUAUUCUUCUAAACAUUCCACGUCAGGCGGCCCCCCGGGCUGCUCUCGGACCAUUCUUCACCUUAUGUAAAGAGGAACACAAUAAUAAAAGAGGAAUGCACAACAAAGACGUGGGGUGGGGGGGGGGGACGUGUCCCAUCAUUUCAUGUUUGUUCAUUCAUCCCUCCUCUGGGGGAUUUUUGAUUCUAGAUAAUGGAACCAAACACCGGCUCCAUCUAACAGGUAUGUCUUUGCUUUUAUAGUCACAUAUCGCCCCCCUGGUGGAUCUGUAAUGUAAGUGCUGGUAAAUGUAAAAGGAUGCAGUAUAGAAGAGAAAUGUUGAAUAAAGUCAGGAUGGUGACAAAUGAUUAAUUAUUAAAUGAACUGUGAUAGCACCUGUAGUCAUUAGCAACUUAAAUAUGUAGUAAUAGGUCACAAAAAUAAAGCUAAUAGUCAUUCACAGUUACUUUCUUUUGACAUCAAUGGGUAGAUGCUCUCUCUCUGUUGUAGAGUCUGUUAAGUGUAAGAGCACCACCUGGUGGAGAGUCAG